CGCGCUCAAAGCAUCCUUGAUUAUCGCCGACGGAAGGUGGAGGCGUAGAAGUAUCGAUUCAAAUUCUUUUCUUUCUCGAAUUAGAAGUAAUUUUGGGUGUUGGAAUACAAAAAGGGUGCUAAAACCAUUACAAACAUGAAGUGCCAAAUACCUGAAAUUUCGUGGCACAACCGCGAUCCAGUUUUGAGUGUGGACAUUCAACCACGGCCGGCGGGCGACAAAGGGGACUUCUACCGACUGGCUUCGGGAGGAACCGACUCUCAUGUUUUGAUUUGGUACAUGACUCAGAAUGCCGAAUGCGGAACAAUAUCUUUAGACGUGGUGGCGGAUUUGGCUCGCCAUCAACGAGCGGUCAACGCAGUGCGGUGGUCCCCAAAUGGGGAACUACUGGCUUCUGGUGAUGAUGAGAGUGUGAUUUUCAUCUGGAAGCUGAAAGGAGACACCGAGGUGGUCAAUAUUUUGGACGCGACCAACGAUCAGGAUAAGGAAAUUUGGCUGACAAUGAAGAUUCUCCGCGGGCACAUGGAAGAUGUGUACGAUCUGUCCUGGUCGCCAAAUUCGAUGUUUCUGAUUAGUGGCUCGGUCGAUAACACGGCUAUGGUUUGGGACAUCAACAAGGGAAAAUCGAUACACAUCUAUUCUGACCACAAGGGAUUUGUUCAAGGAGUUGCGUGGGAUCCCAAAAAUCAAUAUUUGGCCACUCUGAGUACGGACCGGUACUUCAGAGUAUUUGAUUUGCAUACAAAAAAGGUGCUAACCAGGAACAACAAAUGUGUGUUACCCGUUCCUAAAGAUUCUCCGCUGCAUGGCAAAACGGUGCGCUUAUACCAUGACGAUACGCUGCAGACGUUUUUCAGGCGAUUAAGUUUUAGCCCCGAUGGUAAUCUGAUAGUUACUCCUUGUGGGGUGGCGGAAAUUGACGGCGUUCCGAAGCCGCUAAAUACAACCUACAUCUAUACGAGGAACUCUCUGAAACAACCCGCCAUUACGUUACCUUCGCCGGAUCAGUGUACGGUUGCGGUACGCUUCUGUCCUCAAUAUUUCAAACUGCGUCCGCAUCUGGACAAUAAAACGCCCGUUAUCCCAUUGCCUUAUCGGAUGAUUUUUGCAGUUGCUACCAAGAGUUCCGUAUACCUGUACGACACUCAACAGAAGACGCCCUUCGCUUUGGUUUCCAACAUUCACUACACUCGAUUAACGGAUAUAUCUUGGUCCGCGGAUGGAAAGAUUUUAAUAGUUUCGUCGACGGAUGGAUUUUGUUCGUUGAUUUCGUUCAGCGCUGGUGAAUUGGGAGAGCUUUACGUGAUGGAAGUGGAUGAGACAGCUGGUGCUGAAAAGGAAAAUACCCCAGUAAAGAAAGCCACUUCGAACCGAAAGAAGUCAAAAGAUGGGAAAGACGAUGAGAAAAAGGAAGUCAAUAAGUUGGAAUCAGUUCCCGAGGAGCCCCAAAAGGAGGAAAAAAUUGCAAAACCGAUUGCAUUCAGAAGAAAACCUAAGGAGUUGAACCCCAUGGAAGCAGAUCAAUUGAAGAAGGAAGAUAAAAACGAUGAACAAAUUGCUUCGGCGGGUAUAUCAAAGAAACUUGAAGAGAAAGAUGAUUCAAAUGUUAAGGAACAAAUGAAACCUACUCCUAUUGAGAUCCGCCGGAAGCCUCGUGAGGAAGACAAGUCUGCUCAACCGAUCGCAAUAAAGCGAAAACCUAAAGACUCCUUAGAAGAUCCAAAUACUAAAUCAGAGCCACAGAACGAUGAAUCUCGGAAGCGUCCUCGUUCCAACAGCUCCGACAAGGAAUUAAUCGCGGGUGAAACAAAUCCCGCUGCCGUGCGUUUGAUUUCGUUGGACUCAACAGAUUCAAAAGCGGGAGUGAUGAUCAAAGAAGUGCUUCCCAAGAACUCAACAACAGACGAUAAAAUUGUCCAACCCGCUAAAGAAAUUAUCAUUGAAACGGAAAAGAUCAUCAGCAGUGACGAAAAGUUUGACAGUCCUUCGAGGAAAAAUCGUCCAGUCACACCCAUUGCUGUGCGGCGCCAUCCGCGCACUCCGGACGUGACUCCAUCUUCGGAAAAUGACCGUGAUGCAACUCCGAAAGCUAGCCAGAAGAAAGCGGCAACUCCAAUUGCCGUUCGUCGUCAGCCACGAAGUUUGGCUAGCUCUGAAGGCAAAAAGACCGAGUCUUCCGAAAAACCGAAACCCACUUUCGAAGAAGAUGCGGUCGAUACAUGGCCUAUCGAUCAGCCAAAACCUGUCGCCAAGUCAACGGUAGUGGCCGAGAACAGCUCCCUGGGUAUUAGCGAACAAACGGAGGACUUCAAACUGGUUAUUUCGGACGACGAAGAACAACCGCCGGUAAAGGCUCCGACUGAUGAAAAGACAGAACCCACGACGGAGAAAAGCGUUAGUGUCGAUAGCAAUGAUGACAAGACCUCUGCCGAUCAGUCGACUCCGGGGUCGACGGUGACCACACCGAAAACCCCUCGGCGAGUAGAAUUCCGAACGUUGUCGACACCCAAGUCGAAGAAAAAGUUGCUGUGAAACCAUGAAACACAGCGGUCGGUUCAUUUUUUGUGUGCUACGGUUUAAGUUUAGCAUCUUUUAGGAUAAAAUAUAAUCGAUUUAAUUUACAUUGGGUGAAAAUACAUCCGAAAUUCCUAGCUCACCAAA